GUCUCGGAGCUCGCCAUCUCCAGCGAUCUCUACAUUGGGAAAAAACAUGGAGUCAGCUCCGGCAGCCCCCGACCCCGCCGCCAGCGAGCCGGGCAGCAGCGGCGCGGACGCGGCCGCCGGCUCCAGGGAGACCCCGCUGAACCCGGAAUCCGCCCGCAAGAGCGAGCCUCCCGGCCCGGUGCGCAGACAGAGCUAUUCAAGCACCAGCAGAGGAGGGGCCAGCUGCUGUGAGAACUUUCAUAUUAAACACUAAGUGAUGCGGUGUGUGUUCCUGGAAUGAAGAUCUACCAAUGUGGUUUCAGAGGUGGGUGGUGAAGGAUGUAUAGGAGUUUACCGAGGACAGGAGGGCAGGACAAUCCAGGGGAGAGAGCAGAACAACAAAGGCCUUAGUGUGGGUGGUUCAAGGUGCUUGUGUGGUAAGAGAUCAGGAGGAAAGUGACUGCCAACCAUUCCUCCUGCUGAAGGAGGAUGGUGGUGAAGAGCUGAAAUUACGCUGAACUUGGGAUACAGAUAGGAGUCAGAGAAACCAGAAGCUUCUUGUCCUUGUCAUAAUCCAGGCAGAAGGUGAUGAGGGCUGGCACCCAAGUCCUGCCACAGAAUGGAGAGUAGAGGCACUUUAGCUUUUUCAGUUGUUGAACUAUGUCAUGAUCAGCGAGGUAUUGAUGCAGCUGGUCAGAAGUUUGGGAGUCACUGUAAAGCUUUGCCCAUGUCAAAAGCAAUCAGGGACAACCUGUCCAAUCAUAGUUGUCAGAGGUGAAAUUUCGGAAAGAUUUCCUUUUUAUUUUAUUUAUUUUUGCAGUGCUGAGGAUUGAACCCUGGUCCUUGCGCUUGCUAAGCAAGUGCUCUACCACCGAGUCAAAUCCCCAACCUCGCUUUUUCUUUACACUAGACUAAACCAGUGUCAUUAGUGACCUACUGGUCUGGUUGCCUAAAUUCAUUUCCUAUCCCUCCCACUGAGCAUUAAUGCCCACAGGGGAGGAACAAAAAGAUUGGAUCAACAGGUCUGGAGGCUAAAUAUCAUUUAGUUUGCAGCAGAGGCUGAGCGAAGUCAGUGUCAGCGGGUAAUCAUUUCAUGCCUCAUCAGAAUGCCGAAGCUUUGCUUACAGAGGGACACAGCCAAACCUUCAAGCUUCUGCACAAUGCAGAGGACACUCAGAGUGCUUGCAGCCUGCCUUCGUUUGUCCCAGGUUACGCCUGCAUGUUGCACCUGUCUGCCACAUUGGUAAGUUCCUGAAUGAAGAAACUAGAGAAUGGGAAUAACAGUCUUUGCUUUAGCAAUCCUUUAUUAUAUGGCUGGUUGUAAGCCACACACUCUCCCAGGGACUGAGGACACACAAAUAAAGCAAGUUACUUUUCUCCAGGAACCCCGGGUAUAGGUGGGAAGAUGGAUGUCUAUGUAUGUAAUUACAAUUGAGUGUUAGAAGUGCACAAGUACAAUUAUGUCCUGCAUCCACAGGUAUCACAGCCCAAUUACUUCUGAGAAGAAGGGGACUUGUCUAAAGGGAGGCUGAGGGUGCCUGAGGGAGGCCUCCUAGAGAAGGUGUUGUGCUGCAUGAAGUCUGGGAAGGUGACUGAAGGUAAAGGAAAGUCUACACAAGAGCACUUUACGUUGGGACAAUGUGCUCUUAGGUUUGGUCGGGGAGGACAGUGGGGUGUAUUGAAUGCUGUGCGGAGAUAGCACUGUGGUCUCAACACAACCGUGUGUCUUAACUCAUGGAAUGGGGAAGGUAGGCAGGGCUACGAGGUGCAGCAGAAUGCAUGUUACUCACCCGUGGGAAGCAGGUAUGUUGCGAACAUUAGCUGUUUUGAGAUGCAUCAGUGAGUUCUGUGUAGAUGGGAGCUGAGCUGCAUCAGAGAUGGUCCCAGUCAUUUCCAUCCCGAUGAGGAGAGUGGUGUGGGAGCAUGCUUAUCUCCUCCACCUACGGUCAUGGUGCAGACCCUUGUGGAGAGCACAGCCAGCUACCUGCAGAAGGACUCUUGUUCUCUGGUGUUUUCUUAUGGUUAAAUGGAGGCCAUGGGUUUUUGAAAGAACACCUUACAGAUGAAGUGCCCUUCUUAGCUCAUCACGUCAUUAGUGCAUCAUGUUCUGACACCCAUCUGUCCUAUUUCUGAUGAUGUGAACCUCCACCCUCCAGUUAAGGGGGCAUUCACUUCUCCACUGUACAGUCUCUGUUUUUCCUCGUGUAAUCAACAAACACUUUGAGAAGACACACUGAGGCUAGGAAGGCGUCCUACUCCUCGAACUUGUCCAUAGGCUACUUUUAAACCUGUGCCCCGGCUCACUUUGAGCUGCGCCCUCCCAAGAUCAGCCCCACUGCUUCCUGGCAGCGCGGUCUUCCUUCUUCCUGCGAUGGCUCCAGGGAAUAAACUGCGGAUGUUCCCAGGGUGAUGGUAGCAGGUGUAAAGCAUUGUUUUUAUUUAUACAAAGAGGAUAUGGUGCUCAAGGCUAGCAAUUUGUCCAAAUUUGUCAUCAUUUCCAGAGGAGUGUCUACACGUCUUUGCUUUAGCAUCUUGAAAACAGCACUGAGCUGGAGGAAGAGCUGUGGACUAAUCUCUUCCUCGCAUACUGAGCUGUGUGGUUAGGGAAGGAACCUGAAUUCUCUGGGCCUCAGUUUUCCAAACAUGGACCAGAUUAAAAUAGUCACUUCUAAGAGUGACUUUCAGCUAUCACAUUCUGUGACACUGUGAUAAGAUUUCCCCCAGGCUAUGACUCUACCUCUAAUGAGGAAAAGUUACGAUAGGGUAAAGAAAACAGAUACGAAGGGUUGUCUGAGUGUUACAUGACCUUGGAACCUUUGAUAAUUGAGACAUCUGGUGAGGGUGGUUUGAACCAGUCUAAUGAAUGAGAAAUAAAUUGCUAAUUUCAAUGUCUCACAAAAGGAUACACAUCCAAUUAUACUGGAUGAUUGUAAGGAUGGACAAGGUUUUUAUGCCUCGAGACCUUUCCUCUCUGUAGCUUUUCAUAAGAUUGGGUUGCCUUUAGUUACCCAAUCUCAUAUUUCAACUCAAGUGCUACUCAUUUUUCUCUCUUCAUUUGGAAUAUGCAGACAUCUCUCCCAUGUUAGAUUCUGGGCAAAAUCUUAAUUUUUACCAUAUAGCCAUAAUCUUCAAGCUGAACAUGGAAAUGACUUACCUACUCCAUUUCUUUGCCAACACUAUUCCUAGGCCUACAGUUUCCUCCUCUGCUCUGCUAAUGAGAAUGCUUGUUCUUUGUUAAUGGCCGUGACACUUAAAAGGUGGCAACAAAGUCUGAUUGAUUUUGGAUCAUGAAUUUCUAGCCUCCUUUGACAUUGCACAAGCAUCAAGAUUGGAACAUUGUCCCUGCUUCAAUCCUUUUCUGCUAAUUGACUCUUUUUUCACUUCAGUAUGCUUUUUGCCUCAUGAGUUUUUUACCUUGGUUUAAUUUAUCAUUUCAGACCCUUACCUACACCAUUUGCAAUUUGUAUCCUUUCAGAAAGAUAAAAGAGGCUCAGUGCUUUUCCAGGAGGUAGGAUUUUAGGAGAGGAUGCUUUAAGCAGGCUGCCCUCCAUUCUGAAGCAUGGCAAGACUAACUUGCUACCAGUAGGACACAUAUCCUGGGCCUCUAGCUGGGCUGGAACCAGAUAGAAUGUCACCACUCCCUUGAUAUUCUAUUGCAUUUUACUUAAUUCUGGUGGUUGUCCUGUAUGUUCAUAAGAUGAUUGGCUGGAGUUUGAGAGGACUUCUCAAACAUCUCCACAGUUUUGGAACUGAUGGGUACUAACCCAUAAAGGUAAGCAAUGCAUGGGUCCUACCUUCAUGACCCUAAUAGUCCAGAAAAGGAUAGAGUGUAAAUAGAAAAUUUUAACAGUAUCUACUGCGUGGUGGCAUAGAUCUAUGGACAAUGUGCAGAGAGAAAACAGUCAAGAAUUUUUAAUCUUCUCUGGGAAAGAAUUCAAGGAAAGCUUUUGGGAGGAGGUGUCCAGAGUACACUCUGCAAGAUGAAUAAGACAUUACAAGAAGAAAAUUGGGAGAAGGAUGGGAACACUAUGGCUGUGCGACACCAGUGAACUGAUUGUGGGGUUCUAAGCAUUGAACUGUGUAGGAUAUUGUAGGAUGUUAACUAGCCUGGGUAUUAAAUCUCAGAAAACCCUUUAGAAGGCCAUGCCCUGAGAAUUCAUAGAAGACAUAGUUUCUCUGAAAUGAGAUAAGUUGGAUAAAGGAAGUCCAUCAAUGACCGGAACCUUAUUUGCACUGAUACUUCAAUGAACACUCCCUUCACUUGCCUUCAGUUGUCUGUAAACCAUACUUAUCUGGCACCUUUAAUGCAAUAAUUAUUGCUUUAUAGCUCUAUCAGUCUUACUGCCUUUUCUUUUUCAUGUUCAAGUAGGUGCAGGGGACCCCAGGGUGGUCACUCAAGGAUCCUUACUAGCUCUGUAUAUUUAUUGAACUCUGGAGUUGCUUCCACAUUUACAAGUUAUCAUUUAAGCCUUUCACCAAUCCAUUUAUCCAUUUGCAACAUGUGUGUUCAGUGAUUACCCUGUGUCAGAGAUUAUGCCGAAUCAUCAUUUAUCAAACUUUUUGGUCUUAGGACCAUUUUAUACUCUCAAAGAGCUUUUGUUUAUGUAAGUUGUAUUUAUUAAUAUUUACCAUCUUAAGGCUGAAAUAUGGAGGAAAAAUUUUAAAAUACAUUUAUUUUUAGAUAAUACAGCCAUUGCAUCCUAACAUAAGUAACAUAAUAAAUAACUAUUUCCAAAACAAAAACAGAAUACUGGCAUUGUUUUUUACUUUUACAAGUCUCUUUUAUGUCUAGCUUAAUAGAAGACAGCUGGAUCCCCGACUCCGUUUCUGCAUUCAGUCUGUUGCGAUAUCACACGUGGCUCAGUCUCUGGAAAACACUGUUUCUUAUGAUAAGUUUUAUGAAAAUAGCUUAGAACUCAUGAAUACCCUUGAAAGAGUCUUAGGGACCCCUAGGGGACCAUGGACCACACUUAUGGAAACUUCUCUGCAGAAUGAUGACACUUUGAGAGGACUUGCAAAGAACCCAGAGAAGUAGAUUCAUGGCCUGCUGAGUUCUGGCAUAUUAAUCCAUGACUCCAGAAGAUUAGUUCAUAAAUAAUCCGUGUGACUGCAUUUGUUUAGGUUUGAGUCCACAUAAGGAAAGAGACUGCAUAACUUCAGGUUUUCUUUGUACCAAAGGAAAAGAGUAUAUACAUGGGGGAGGGUCAGGUGAAGACACUAAGUAAUGGCUUAGAUAUAUGAAAAUGUUUUUAUCCUAGCAGAAGAUAUUUCACCAGCUGAGAGUAUAGCUCUGUGGAGCACCUGCCUAGUAUGUACAGGGCCCUGGGUUCAAUCCCCAGGCACUGGGAUUGAUCCCUAGCACAACUAAAAAAAAAAAGUUUCAAGGGCUGGGGAUACAGCUCAGUGAUAGAGCCCUUACCUAGCAAGCCUGUGGGCCUGGGUUUAAUCUCCAGCACCAUAGAACUAAACAACAAAUCAAAGAAAAACAAAAAGAUAUUUCAAAAGUUAUACAGAAUCUGCAGUCAGCUGGGCCACUGGUUAAGAGUGGCCUGGGCCACUGGUAAGAGAUUUGUAUUUGUUUAACAGGUGUCUCUUAGUAGGGUUUUAUUUGUGUAGACUUAUUUUCUAUCUUAACUAAUUUAAACUAAUUCCCACACUGUUUUUUCUUGUCUAGUUUUGUAAGUAUGUAUCGAAAAAGAGGCAUCAUAUUCUGUAGUUUCUUUAUACAGAGACCUUUUA